CAGAUUUGUUUACUUUUGAUACGAACGGAACGGGUGCGGACUGCGGCGUGCGGAGUCGUGGUCGGUCGGUCGUGCAGAAAACGAACGGGAAUCGUCCCACGGGAACCGGAGUCAACUGCGACGCGAAAGACAUAUUUCGCGAGAAAGUGCACUACCUAUAAGCUCCCCGGCCAUAGGAAGUAUUUGUAUUAAGGUGCUGAUAACGACCAUGACAAAAAAGUUCGCGCAAUAUCUAUAGUUAUACACUGGAGCAAACAGUCCAUGUCCGCAAGGUGCUUCAGUUUUUAGAUAGUGAUAGUCCGUUGCUUGGUCAGGAACACGUUUGACGACGUAUUUUUAUCGUCAGGUGGUUUACAGCUGGUAAGGCGAGCAGUCCCUAAAGGUUCCCGUUGCGAUGGCAAUCGAAUUUUAGAAUGUAGGUAUAAAUUCAGCCAAAACAUUUCGCCGCGAGCUUAUUAGCAUUCCUUCGGUCCGGCUAAACGGUCACGCGUACGCUCGCGCAAGACUCUACGUAUCUCCAUAUAAUCAGGCAAUCUCAUUGUUCGUAAGCCUAAGUGCGCCGUUAGUAGUAAAACGGAAAAACAGGUUCCAUUUCCAAUAAUUGCCGGCCGGUGUGCGCGGCGAGUAAUCACGAGACAUUCGCAGAGAGGAGGAGAGUGGCCGCUGUAGUGGCACGCGACUUUACUAUACGUUAGGGCACGGUUCGGUGAGUUAUGGGUCUCACACAGAUCGAGAAGUUCGUACCAGGCGCCAGGUGGCUCCGUGGAUAUAACGCACAGUUCGCGGUAGCUGAUCUCAUCGCCGGCAUCACAGUAGGCUUGACGGUGCUGCCGCAAGGUUUGGCGUACGCUACGCUAGCCGGUUUGGAGCCACAGUAUGGACUGUACUCGGCAUUCGUGGGCGGUUUGGUGUACGCUCUGAUGGGCGGUUGUCGUGAAGUGACCAUAGGACCUACAGCACUGCUGGCCUUGAUGACAAGUCGUCACACGGGACUUGGUGGAGAGUCCGGUCCUCACUUUGCUAUUCUUUUGUGCUUUCUGGCCGGAAUCGUGGAGCUGCUGAUGGCUGUUCUGCGACUUGGCGCAUUGGUGGAUCUGAUAUCCCUGCCGGUUACGGUGGGUUUCACGUCGGCUACGGCUUUGAUCAUUGGAGCAUCGCAGUUGAAGGCCCUACUCGGUAUUCGAGGUGGGUCGGGAUCCGGAUUUGCCGAAACGAUCAAGGCAGUUGUGAUGCGCUUCGGUGAGGCUCGCGUGCCAGAUAGCAUCCUUGGAUUCGUCUCUAUCGCCAUUCUUCUGGCGCUUCGGAAACUCAAGGACGUCAAGACUCCUCAAGAUGCCAGCAAAGGACGAAAAGCUCUUGGGAUCACCUUUUGGGUCAUAGCAACGGCUAGAAAUGCCUUGUUGGUGCUGAUCACCAGUUCCAUUGCAUUCUACUUUGAUCAAAAUGGGCAGCGACCGUUCAUCCUAACCGGAACAGUCAAGAGCGGCAUACCUGGUUUUCAACUACCUCCCUUUUCAACGCAAAUCUCCGGUGCUAAUAACACACUCGUUGACUUGAACUUCAAAGACAUGGUGUCCGAACUGGGGGUUAACAUUGCACUGGUGCCGGUCAUCGCCGUUUUGGGAAAUGUUGCCAUUUCGAAGGCCUUCGGCGGAAGUGGGAUCAAUCCGACCAAGGAAUUGGUUGCGCUUUCGUUGAGUAACGUGUUCGGGUCAUUCUUCAGUUCCAUUCCGGUGACUGGCUCAUUCUCCAGAAGUGCUGUAAAUCAUGCCAGCGGGGUUAAAACUCCGAUCGGGGGCAUCUACACCGGUACUUUGGUGCUUUUAGCACUGGGAUUGCUUACUCCGUAUUUCCAAUACAUACCGAAAGCUGCACUGAGUGCGGUGAUCAUAUCUGCCGUCAUCUUCAUGAUCGAAUACGAAGUCAUCCGUCCGCUGUGGCGGUGCAACAAAAGAGAGCUGAUCCCCGGGGCUGUUACCUUUGUGCUGAGCUUGGUCGUUGGAGUAGAACUAGGUCUGCUGGCUGGGGUCUUGGCUGAUCUGGCGUUUGUCGUUUACCGCACUGCUCGACCUGUGCUAACAGUUGACGUGACAUCUACGUCCACCGAGGUUCAGUACAUCGUGAUCCGACCACGUCACAGUCUCCUCUAUUUCCCAGCAGUGGAAUGGGUCAGAAACGUAAUAUCCAAGGCUAUCAAAAAGCAUGGCAACAUCCCUAUUGUCUUGGAUUGCCGAAUUGUUCACGAGUUCGACUACACGGCUGCCACUGGUUUGGGUGCUCUUCGGAAGGAACUCGAUGCCAAAAAGGUGCCUCUGGUGGUGCUGGGAGCAUCCGUAGAAGUUCGUAAGAUGUUGAAAGAAACGCUCAAGAGCACACUUUUGGAGGCGAACAGUGAAGAAGAGCUGGAAGUCGUCUUGCAAGAAUUGUGCAAUGAAGGAAAGAGAGCAGAACUACGUGAAGUUGUGUCUCCGCUGCUAUCGCCAACGACAGACCACCAAAAAGUUCCCAUAUCUAUAGAUGAGGAAUGAUACUGAACCAUAUGAAUCUUGUUUUGUUACAAAUACGCGUACUCUAAGAUUAAUAAUUUUACAACUAAACCAUUUUGUAUAGAACUGCAGUGUGUUCUCUCUACAAAGUAUCUCCUGGGAUUACGUAAUGUUCCUGUGUUAUCUACAAAUUUUAUGUAUAUAUUAUUACUGUUAAUUUAUAAAAGAAAAAAAUCUAGCAUUA